AUGGAUAUGGAGUUUGACGACGAUGGCCCGCCUAUGCUGGUAGCUGCCGACCAGCCAAAUGACACAGAGAACUUGUCUGCUGAGGUGGAUGACAUGAACCUGACCAGGGUCCCUAUCACCAUCAUUACUGGCUACCUUGGAGCUGGCAAAACCACCUUGAUGAACUACAUUUUGAAUGAACGCCAUGGAAAGAAAAUUGCCGUCAUCUUGAAUGAAUUUGGCGACUCUGCAGAUAUCGAAAAGAGUUUGACCGUCAGUCAAGAAGGCCAACAAGUCGAAGAAUGGCUCGAACUGGCCAAUGGCUGUCUAUGCUGUUCCGUCAAGGACACUGGAGUCAGUGCCAUCGAAUCCCUCAUGGAGAAGCGAGGUGCUUUUGAUUAUAUCCUACUGGAAACAACUGGUCUAGCAGAUCCCGGCAAUCUCGCUCCUCUAUUCUGGGUCGACGAUGGUUUGGGUAGCACAAUCUACCUCGAUGGCAUUGUGACUCUAGUCGACGCAAAGAAUAUCAUUCGCUGUCUGUCUGAGCCGACGCCGUCAGAAGCUCAGACCGAUGGCACUGAACAUGCCCACGGCCCUCACCUCAGCACAGCACAUCUGCAAAUCUCGCACGCAGAUGUUAUUGUCAUCAACAAAGCAGAUCUAGUCUCGGAAGCCGAGCUCGAUCAAGUCAAGGCCAGAAUCUCUUCCAUAAACGCCUUGGCCAAGAUACAUGUUACGGAACACAGCAAGGUCCCAGCUUUAGAAGGCGUGUUACUCGAUCUACAUGCCUACGACAAAGUAGACGCCGACAGCAUCGACUUCGCCAGCAAAGGCCACAGUCACUUGGACCCUGCCAUCUCGACAACAACCUUGACAUUGCCCCCUCUAUCAUCAGCUCAGCUAGACAAGCUGGAUACAUUCUUGCGCAACAUCCUAUGGACGCGUUUCUUCAUCUCACAUCCGGAUGCCGAGGGUGUGUCGGUCGAGUCCGCGGGCUCGAGACCUGAGAUUCACCGUACCAAGGGACGUCUCGUCAUGCAGGAGGGUGGAGUGAAGCUUUUGCAGGGUGUACGUGAGGUCUUUGAGUUUAUUGAUGCUGCAGACGUCGGCGCCUCGAACGAGAAAAGCUCCUCUGACAAAGGCAAGAUUGUCUUUAUUGGUCGCAACUUGGUACCUGCAGCCUUGCAGAAGAGUCUUGAAGAUGCUGUCUUGGGUUAG